AUGGAUGUGAUGGAGAACGAUGGAGAUUCUGAGAGCAUUUACAUGAACGUGGAGGAUGCUGAGAAGAUUUCUUGUCAAAGUGAAAUCUAUAACAACAUCCUGCUGAGCACAACCAAUGGGAAUUUAGGUUCUGCAGGUGCUGGUGAGAGGAGAAAGGUGAACCUCAGUAACAUGGCUGCAGUGUGUCUGGGGUUCCUGUGUGUUCUCCUGCUGGCUGUAAUCACUGUGCUGUGUAUAAAGCACAACAACGAGAUGCUUCAAAUGCAGAGCAGCAAUGACAACAUGACCACAGAAAGAGACAGGUUAUUAAACAGUAAUAAUAACAUGACUGUAGAGAGAGACAGGUUACAGAGCAGUUACAAUGCUCUGAGAUCUGAGAGGGAUGCAUUGCAGAAUAAACUUACUACAAAAGUUUGUUGUCCUGUUGGAUGGAUGUGGUUCUCCACAAGCUGUUACCUCGUCUUCUCCAUUACAAACACCUGGGAACAGAGCAGACAGAACUGCAGAAAUGCAGGAGCAGAUCUGGUGAUCAUCAACAGCAGAGAAGAACAGGAAUUUGUUUCUGGACUUGGAAAGAAUGUAUGGAUUGGACUGACAGAUUAUUAUAGAGAAGGACAGUGGACGUGGGUGGAUAACACACCUGUGGGAACUGGAUACUGGGGGACCAAUGAGCCAAAUAAUGGCGGCCAUCGCCUAUCUGAUGAGGACUGCGCUCAGGUUGUCAUCACCAAUCCAGUAACAUCCAUCUGGAAUGAUAUUCAUUGCAAUAAUUACUUUUAUUAUUUAUGUGAAAAAGAGAUUCAGUGCAGCAUUCAAUAA